AUAAAGCCUUUUUUCGAUAUUUCAAGCACAGAAGGUCACACGCUUGCUUUUGAACGAAGUAGCUGCUAUGUGAAAGCGGAGGAAGAAAUAGUAAAUAGAGACAAACCUUUUAUACAGUAAGGCAGUACAGUAUGAACAAGAAUUGAGGCUAAUACAAAACACAUUUACUUUUUUUUUUAAAUGUGGCAAUUUAAUUAACGAACUGAGGUCGGAAUCGGGUAGUAGCCUAGCCUGUCAGCUAGCUUGUCUUAAAACAUUACAUCUUAACAUAACUGCUGCUAUGUUUAGGAGCCUUGUUAAACUUCGUUGUCCGUUUGGAAAUAUCCUCUCUCCCAAUAAAGUGUGCACAAGUCAGCACCUUCGGUUUGCUGUGAAAUACUCCUCAGCCACAGAAGAAAGAAAAAGAUUUUAUCAAGAUGUCAGUAUAUCCCAAGGUGAAGGUGGUUUAUAUGAGAUAAACUUAGACAGAAAGAAACUGAAAACUCCUGGAGGGAAGCUGUUCACGGCGCCAAAUGAAGCCCUGGCCAUCGGCGUGGCAACCGAGUGGGAUGCUCAAAAGGACACACUCAAGUACUACUCGAUGCACCUGACGACACUGUGCAACACAGCUCUGGACAAUCCCACCGGACGUAACGAGAAGCAAAUGAUCAGUGCUGCUCUGAAGUUCCUGGAUACUGAUACUAUCUGUUACAGAGUAGAUGAGCCCCACAGUUUGGUCGAGCUACAGAAGAAUGAGUGGGACCCUGUGCUGCACUGGAUUGAAGACAGAUAUAAUGUCACUAUUGGCUCCUCGUCCAGUAUUUUGGGCCCUGAGAUCCCAAAGGCAACUAAAGACACAUUUCGGCAACACCUGAAUUCUUACAACUUCUGGUCCCUGACAGGUCUUGAGUUUGUCAUCACCCAGCUGAAGUCUGUUGUUCUGGCGAUUGGGAUGAUUGACAGACAUCUCAGUGUGGAACAGGCUGUGCUGCUCUCCAGACUGGAGGAGGAAUACCAGAUUCAGCACUGGGGAAACGUGGAGUGGGUCCACGACUACGACAUGUACGAGCUGAGGGCACGAACUGCUGCUGGAGCUCUUUUUGUUCACCUCUCAUCUGAGAGUUCAACUGUCAAACGCAAACUUAUGCAGGACUGAGAAGGACGAGCUCAAACCUAAAACUCUGAGCACACAUCGACUGUGCCCUCAAACUGUGAACGCCUCAGUUUAUCCAUGCUUCUAUAUCCAUUCAGACAAACACACACAUCCCGUUUGUUCUGUUUAGCCGUGGCAGCUGCUAUGUCUGUGAUCUGUUAGUCAUCCCUCUCCAGCGAAAAACAUUGGCUCUCUUUUUGCAGUGUUUAUAUGUAGGCAGCUGCCAAGUGUGCCACCCCUCACCGAGUUCCAGCCGGUUUUCAGUCAUCCGUGACAUUUUGGACGGUGCUCAUGGUUUGAACAGUUUAGUGACUAAUGUUGUUGUCUGUUUUGUGGUGGAAUGUUAACUCCAUGUCUGCUUUCUCUGUGUGCCACAUUUGAAUACUGCAAAGUGCAUAUGCUAUGGUACUGUUACACUUCAGGAGGUGCUAUAGGUGAAACGUACUGCAUUCAAAUGGUCUGUAAUUAAGAUUGUCAUCAUUCAUGUUAUAUGUAUUUUGGCAAUUUUAGUGUUUUUACUAAUGAGGUGAAAGAGUGAAUGCUGUGCACAGAAAGCUUAUUCAUCAGUAUCAUCUUCACUGAACAAACUGUUUGUGCAUUUUAGUGGAAAGGUACACUGUCUGCAUCCUCAUCCAGUAGUCAUGUACAAAGAAUUAUUUUGUUUCUUUUACAGUUUAAAUUAUAAUAACGACUCAAGUUUGUUCCCACCUAUUGUAAGCAAAAUGUCAGUAAACUGUAUUGUGAAUUAAAACCCAAACUGCGCUAAA